AUGGCCGAAUCAUCACCUCGUCAUUUCACACUGGUGGACUUCCUGAACGAGCUCAAUGAUGAGGAGUACGGGACAUUUAAGACACUCCUCCACCAAGAGGCUGCAGUGUUUAAAAUGGAGCCAAUUCCCUGGUCUCAAAUCAAUGAGGCUUCAAGGGCAGACCUGGCACAGAAAUUGAAGGAUCAUUACCCGGGAUGGCAGGCAUGGGAGGUGGUGCUGAGCUUGCUUCUACUGAUCCAUAGGAAAGAUCUCUGGAUAAAAGUUCGGAGACUGGUCGCAAGUAAGCCAAGCACAUACAAAGAUCAUGUGAAAGAAAAAUUUAGACUCCUCUGGGACACAGAAACUUGUCUUCAAGUUCCAGAACAUUUCUAUAGAGAAACUAUAAGUAAUGAGUAUCAAACAUUGAAAAAUAUAUUCGAUCAAAAGCCUGGACCAGUCACCGUGGUAGUAAAAAGUGUCAAGGGAGCCGGCAGAACUACCUUUUUACUAAAAGUGAUGCGGGAGUGGGCAUCAGGAAAUCUACUGGAGAGCUUUAAGUUUGUUUUCUUCUUCUACGUCUAUGAGAUGAAUUCUCUUGCAGAGACGAGCUUAUUAGAGCUCAUCUCCAUGGACUGGCCUGAGUGUUCACAGAUGGCCAAUGAAAUAUUUUCCCAGCCAGAGAAAAUCUUGUUCAUCAUGGAAGGAUUUGAAGAACUGAAAUAUGACUUGGAACUUAGGACCAAUUUGUGCGCUGACUGGAGCCAAAGGCAGCCGACACCAAUUAUCUUGAGCAGUUUGCUGCAGAGAACAAUGCUUCCAGACUCCUCUCUGCUGCUUGAGCUAGGAAAGACCAGUGUGCCCAGAAUUUAUUUCUUGUUGCAGCAUCCAAGGGUUAUAUAUCUGGAGGAAUUCCCUGAGGAAUUAAUACGCAGCUAUGUUUCCCAUUUCUUCUAUGAUAGGGAGAAAGCAGCAAGGGCCUACCAGUUUGUGCAAAUGAAUGCACCGCUCUACCAGGCAUGCAGAAAUCCACAGACAUGCUGGAUCGUCUGUCAUAAUAUAAAAUGGCAGCUCGAGAGGGGAGAGGGCCUUAGAGUUUACGUGGAGACAGACACGAGUGCCUAUGCAUGUCUUCUAAAGGAUUUAUUCAAAGCAAAAUGUGAAAGGUAUCCAUGGAAGCAGAACAGAGCUCGCAUGAAAAGCCUGUGUGCCUUGGCUGCCGAGGGCAAGUGGACUCAGACACUGGUAUUUAGCUCUGAGGAUCUCCGGCGGAAUGGCAUAUCUGAGUCUGAUACCCUGGUGUGGCUGGACACAAAACUUCUCAAGCCCAGAGGUGACCGAUUCGUGUUUCACAACUUGCGAUUGCAGUCAUUCUGUGCCGCCCUGUUCUACUUCCUCCUAAAACCCACAGAAAAUCCCAACCCAGCUAUUAGAAAUAUAGCUCAGCUUUUAUCCGCAGCUUGGGCUCAUGGCCAAACCCACUUGCACCAGGUAGGAUCAUUUAUAGUAGGACUGACCAGAGAGAAAGUCAUCAAAAUGCUAGAACCACUCUUUGGUUCUCUACUGCAUAAAGAUGUGAGGCGGGAGAUGGUCCGAUGCCUUAAAUGUCUAAGUCAAGAAGAGACCAUGAAUGCACAGUGUUUCCAGGACUUGUUUGACAGUUUGUUGGAAAACUCGGAUGACAGACUCAUAGCACAAGUGGGGAAUUUAUUUGAAGAGAUGUCCAUUAGUAUUCAUAGUGUGGAUGAACUGACACUGUGCUCACACUGUCUGAAGUAUACUCGAUUCCUAAAGAAACUUCGCCUGCAUGUAGAAGAGAUCUUUUCAGAUGAAUCUCAGACAGAGGCGGUUAAGAAAUUUUGGAAAGACCUGUGCACAUUAUUCAGAAACAACAGUAACCUCAAGACAUUGGAAUUGGACCACUGCACUUUCAAUUAUCACUCCUUUACAAGUCUCUGUGAAGACCUAUCAAUGUCUGAAUACCAUCUCAGGAGCUUGACGUGUAACUUUAUGUUGAACUUUGGAGGCGGCCUGAAAUUAUUUAAUGCAACUCUUCCCACUGGCCAUUUGAAAUACUUGAACCUGUACGGCACUGAUCUCUACCUUAGUAGGAUUGAGAACCUGUGUAUGGCCCUGCAACACCCCUCAAGUGGUGUGGAAGAGCUGAUGCUGGGGAAGUGUGGCAUCUCAAGUCAAAGCUGUGGAAUCCUUGCUUCUGUCCUCAUCUUCAAGAAGCUGAAGCAUCUUUCACUGGUAGACAAUCCCUUGCAAAAUGAAGGAGCAAUAUUGUUGUGUGAAGCCUUGAAACACCCAAACUGUGUCUUGGAGACAUUGAUGUUGUCAUACUGUGGUCUCACCUCUAUUGUCUGUCAGUACAUCUCCCAAGCCCUUGUGCACAACAGAUUCCUCACUGUCCUCGAUCUGGGGGCAAAUUUCCUGCAAGAUAAUGGAGUAGCAUAUUUGUGUGAAACACUGAAGAGGACAGACUGCAACCUGAAGGAGUUGUGGCUUCCAGGGUGUUAUUUCACUCAAAUGUGCUGUAAGAACAUCUAUUCUCUUAUUAUUGGCAAUGAAAAGCUAAAGACUCUGAAACUUGGGAACAAUGAAAUACGUGAUGUUGGUGUCCAAUGGAUAUAUGAAGCUUUGAAACAUCCUAGAUGUAGAUUAGAGAGUCUUGGGCUGGACAUGUGCCAGCUGACCACUGAUUGCUGUAUAUCUCUCGCCUUGGUCCUCACUACCUGCCAAACACUGAAAACCCUGAACCUCAGCUGGAUAACCAUGGACUAUGAUGGGCUGAUGAUGCUGUGUGAGGCCCUGAGCAAUGAGAACUGUGCCCUGGAGGUGCUUGGGCUGGACAAAUCGGCAUUUGGAAAGGACGCUCAGCUGCUCCUGCAAGCCGUCGAAGAGAAGAAAGCCUGCCUGACUAUCCAGCGUCACCCCUGGCUUGAGGAGGAGUGCAGGAUGAAGGGGAUUCCGCUGAUGGAGAGCACCCAGAAGUAG